AACACGGGCCGCCUCGUUUCUAUUUCGAGCGCAAGCUGAUUCAGGCGAUCGGCGUCCAACUUGGAAUGACAAGUCCAGUGCCGCACUCCGCAGGACUAAAAGGGGCUUAAAGGCAGAUAAAACAAUAAUACAAAAUGGAUACUGGCUUGCAAGAAGAAUGCGACAGGGUCGACUCCGAGAUGUCCUUCACUGAGUUACAGGACGACUCGGCUGGGGGGGAUGUUGUAGACGAGGAGGACGAAGUUGAGGAACUCCGCAACAGUUUGAGGGAAAUAGUGCAGGAUGACUCUGUAAAGCCGAAGCUCCAGUGCCUCAUGGUGGACCCCUCCUUCUCCAUGGUAACCGUCCAGAGUGAGGACAGUGGCAUUGUGUGGGAGACUGCCUCCAGCAGGUGCUCCACUCCCUGGGCGUCUGAGGCCAGCUCCAACUCAGAACCUUACAGCUGCGAGGGUUCUGGGACACAGGGCAAGAUUGUCAUCAUCAUGGAUGAGGAAAAAAUCGUGAGAAGAAGGAAAAAAACAAGGAGCAGGAGCAGUCUCGGUGAAAGGUUUAGAAGACCCUCUUCCCGAAAUUUUCCAGGCGGAAAUGAAAGGCCAGCGAUGACUGAGUUUUCUGUGCCUAACAUAAGACCUGAGCUUACAGAUGAAAAUGGUGAGUCAAUAGAGCCUAAACAGGAUAAAGACCAGCAACUAUUUAGUUUAGUGUCUGAGGGCUAUGAGAUACUAAAUAUUGUAGUUCCUUCAAGACUCGCUACAGUGGAUGAAGAGGAAAGUACAGAAAUACCAGAUAACUUGUCUUAUUUGGAGGAAAACCCAAGGAUUAAAUCAAAUCACUUGAAGAUUGUAGAAACACAGCCAAUUGAAAGCACUCCUGAGAUUGUUGAAGUAGAGGAAGAUGAUAAGGUAAUAAUACAGAUGGAACCAGUUAAAGUAGAGCCCUCUGAACCCACACCCUCUCAGCCUACAGGUGAUAAACCGACUAGGAGAGAUGGAACCAGUGACAUGGAUUAUUUUGAGAAGUUCACAUUGUUGGAUGAGCAUGUACCAGAGGACCAGGCUUCUGCUACAGAGGAACAAAUGGAAUCAGGUGACACUCAAGAAAAUGAACCAUCCCAAAACAAAGAUCAAUCUACCCAGGGCAUGUUGGCCUCGGAUGACACCUUUGUUUUUGUAAGUGAUGUUGAAAUUGCAGGUGAGCAUCUCGAUGAGGUGUUUUAUGGUACCAGCUGCUAUGCUGAACUGGAUGAACCAUCUGUCAAUAAGCAUCUCAUAGAUGAGGACGAAGAAGAUAGUGUGGAUCAUGGGGAACCGUUAAAUUCUCCUCUGAAAGAGAGUGGUUCAGCAUUAUUUGGCAGUGAAGAGACGAUUCUUACACCCAUUUUCCUCUCCCCGGGACCACCAAAAAUAAUUGAUCCUACUCUCCUGGAGGAACCGCAUGCAAUGUCAUUCCACUACAUGGAUCUCUAUGAGGACGCAGUGGGGGUUCGGAAGAAGGAUGAGGAUGCCUCAGAUGUGGAGAGUGUUGUCUCUGAGACGUCAUUUCCCAGAAGGCUCUCUGACUCUGAUGACACAGGUGGGUACCUGGAAAAAUUCAUCUUAAAAGAUGAGACCCCAGCGGUCGAGGAUGAACCCAUCCCAGAAGACCAUCCAGCAGAGGGUGGAGUAAGAACACUCUGGUCGCAAAGCAAAUUUGAACUCACAGGUUGCUUGACUCGUGUAGUGGAAGAGGAUGACACAAAAGAAGAGGAAAGAGUUCCGGAAAGUUCUAGAAGUCCUAGUCUAUAUGUGGAAUGUGAACCUCUUAUCAUAAUGUCAGAGGACAAAACUGAAGGUGUAGAAUCUCUGCAUGCAGUUGUGGAGGAGGAAGCAGCAGUGCUUGGCAGAAAGAGUCCAGAGCUAUGUGAUGACGUGUUUGAGCCUGAAACAGAGCUUGUUGAAAAAACAGAGGCGGACAGGAAGACAGAUAUUGAGGGCACUGUUUUAGAACACCUACAGCGUUCAGAUAGUGUGGGAGAAAUAACAGUCAUUAUACCUGAAGAAACUUGUAUGGAAGUAGUCAGUGAUAAAGAAAUUGUCGAAGAUGAAACAGAUGUUUCAGUAGUAGAUCAUAGACCAGAGAGCACAUGUCAGGAAAUAGUCACUGAUGAGGAGAUUAAGGGAAAACAUGAAGAGGCUGUUGUAGAUCAGUUGACUGUAAUAUUGCAUCAAGAAAAAGACGCUGAAAAGGUGGUUGUUACCCCUGAAGAAACGUGUGAGGUAAUAGUCUCUGAUAAGGAAAUUGUCAAAGGUGAAGCAGAUGAAUCAGCUGUAGAAGGUAGACCUCAAAGCACAUGUGAGGAAAUGGUCACUGACAAUGAAGAAAUUAAAGAAAAACCUGAAGAGGCUAUUGUAGAUCAGGCAACUGUAAUAUUGCAUAAAGAAAGUGAUGCUGAAAAGGUUGUUUUUACCUCUGAACAACCAUGUGAGGAAAUAGUCUCUGAUAAGGAAAUUGUCAAAGGUGAAGCAGAUGAAUCAGUUGUAGAAGGUAGACCUCAAAGUACAUGUGAGGAAAUGGUCACUGACAAUGAAGAAAUUAAAGAAAAACCUGAAGAGGCUAUUGUAGAUCAGGCAACUGUAAUAUUGCAUAAAGAAAGUGAUGCUGAAAAGGUUGUUUUUACCUCUGAACAACCAUGUGAGGAAAUAGUCUCUGAUAAGGAAAUUGUCAAAGGUGAAGCAGAUGAAUCAGUUGUAGAAGGUAGACCUCAAAGCACAUGUGAGGAAAUGGUCACUGACAAUGAAGAAAUUAAAGAAAAACCUGAAGAGGCUGUUGUAGAUCAGGCAACUGUAAUAUUGCAUAAAGAAAGUGAUGCUGAAAAGGUUGUUUUUACCUCUGAACAACCAUGUGAGGAAAUAGUCUCUGAUAAGGAAAUUGUCAAAGAGAAUAUAGAAGAACCAUCAGACGUUAGGAGGACUGAAAGCAUAUCUGAGGAAAUAGUCACUGAAAAAGAAGUUGACAAAGGUGAGAUACAAGAAUCAAAAGAAGUAGAGGGGUCUAAAGGCAUAUAUGAGGAAAUAAUCACAGACGUUGGAGAAAUUAAAGGAAAAAAUGAAGAGGUUGUUGCAGAUCAGGUAACUGUAAUAUCAGAUCAGGAAAGAGAGACUGAAACAGAAGUUCCGUCUGAAGAAUUGUGUGAGGAAAUGGUUGCUGAUAUGGAAAUUGUCAAAGAUGUUACAGAAGAAUCAUCAGAGGUUGGGAAGACUAAAAGCAUAUGUGAGGAAAUAGUCACAGACACUGAAGUUGUUAAAGAACAAAAUGAAGAAGUGUUUACUAAUCAGGAGCCUGAUCAUAUACAUCAUGAAACUGUCACUGAAAAUGAAAUAUCUGAAGAUAAAACUGAGGUAAUAGACAUAGUUCCAGAACCUGAUAAAACAGGAAUAACUGAAGAUGAAAUUGAAGAAACAAUUCAAAAACCAGAAAGCAUAGCCAGAAAUGAGGUGUCAAGAGAUGACACUGAAAUUGCUGUUACAAGUCUGAAGAGCAAAGAUGAGGAUCUGCCCCAUACAGAUGAUAUUUGCACAGACACAACUGAGGAACUGCCUGAAGAAAAACACCCGGCCAUUGCUGAGGAAAUCAGUAAAGAUCUGGCCGAACAAGAUGCCCCAAAAGCAGAAUGUGAGUCAUCACCUGAGACUGAGCCGCAGCUUCCGCAUGAACUUUCUGCAGAAGAUGAGUCCUCUUUGAUCAAAGAAGAAGAUGAGGCUGUUUUGCAGGAAGACACCAGUCCCCAGCACCUUGGUGACAGCAUAAAAGAGACCACAGGAGAAGAACAGGGAGGUCAAAUUUAUGAUGGGAAGGAUGAGGAGAAUAUCCAGGAGUGGCACAAGGCCAAUGAAUCCAUCUCUGAUUCCAGGACUGGCCUAAAAAGAGAGACGCCACUACUCAGAUUAUCGCCAUUGGUUCCAGUUGAAGUAUUAGAAGAAGACAAAGGUGAAGAGCCAACAGUGGAGGAGCCUGCCUUGAUGCAGGAUAAACCGUGCUCUCAGCUCAGGAGUUUCUCACCUCAUGAGGACCUCUCAGCUUAUGGCAAAGAGGCCAAGUUCUCAGAACCUGAGCCAUACCAGUAUUUGCAUCAUGAAGAGGACGUUUCUGAGGAGCUAGAUUAUGAAAUGAUCACCCAGCAAGAAGCAAGAGAGCUCCCAGUACUAGAUGAUGAAGCAGAAAAAGACAAGGAAGCAGGAAGACCCAAAGGAGGCCUUGAGUCUGAGUUGAGCCACGAUGUGCCUGCUGACGAAGGCCUUGAGACAGACUAUGAGAUUGUCGAGUCUGUGGAUGGGAUUCCCUUGUCCAAGGCCGAAGUGGCAGAGAGUGAAUCAAAAACACAAGCUGUGGACAUGUUUUGUAUGGCCUGCAGGUGCCCAGUUUCAGCUGUUGAUAAGCUCUUUGGUAACCAUCAAGACCAUGAGGUGGUCACAGUGGAUAAGGCAUAUGAUGAAUUCAGGACUGCCUUAUAUGAUUUUUGUUUUCAGAACAAACUGAGCGAGUCUAUUGCUUUAUUGCAAGAAAGGUCAGAAAAUAUUACAGACCUAGUCUCUGAGCUGGAAUUGGCAUACAGUUCAGUAGAGGAGCACUGUAAAAACAGUGAGCAGUCUCUGGAUGAGCAGAAUGACGAGAUCAUGAAGAUGGUGAUGGAUCAAUACAAUGAGAUGUCUCACAACAUGGAGGAGGAGAAGAAGGUGAAGCUGGAGCAGCUCUACGAUCGCAUCGUCUCUUUCCAGGAGAGCAUUGAUGCAGCCAAGGAGGCUUUGGACAAGACCGCCAAGGAGGUUGAGGACCCCGAUGACCUUGCUUUUGCGUCUUCAUCCACAGACAUUAAUGCGAGACUGACCACAGCCUUGGAUGCGGCUUUGGCUCUGGAGCUCACCCCCAGCGCCUUCCCUCUGUUUGAGGACUAUGCCAAGACCCCCUCUGGCAAUGGACAGAAGGAACUGAAAGGCAUCCCAGUCCCUCAGAAACCCCACCUCCAGGCACAAGAAGCCAAUUCUGCCACCAGCACCUCCGUUACUGUCUACUGGAGAGUCAACGAGGGUGACAUCAUUGACUGCUUCCAGGUCUACUGCAUGGAGGAGCCCCAAGGAGCCAUAUCUGAGGAGUACAGGGUGACCGUGAAGGAGAGCUACUGCACCCUGGAGGACCUGGAGCCAGACAAGUGCUACAAGGUGUGGGUGAUGGCGGUCAACUACACGGGCUGCAGCCUGCCCAGUGAGAAGCUGUCCUUCAAAACUGCGCCCUCCGUCCCCACGAUCGACACGGAGCGGUGCACGGUAUGCUGGGAUUCCGCCACCAUCCGCUGGAGCCCCGCCCACCCGGCCACGGUGGAAAGCUACACCCUGGAGUACUGCCGUCAGUAUGCCUGCGAGGGGGAGGGCCUCAGAUCCAUAUCUGGGAUACGGAGCUGUGAGCAGAAGGUGCUCCUGAACCCCAAUGAGAAUUACCUGUUCUACAUCAAAGCUGCGAACUCGGCGGGGGCCAGCGAGCAGAGCGAGGCUGCCCUCAUCUCCACCAGAGGCACCAGGUUCCACUUCCUGACAGACACGGCCAACCCAUCCCUGGAGCUAUCCGAGGACAAGACCACUGUGAACUACCAAGAGGAGGCCUACAACCAGAGGGCCACCAUCAAUGAGUGCCCUGCGAUCCUGGGAGAGCUGUUGCCACCUCGUGGCUACCACUACUGGGAGACGACAGUGGGCAGCAGCGAGGCCUACAGGAUCGGCGUGGCCUACCCCUCGACAGCCCCGGACAGCCCGCUGGGAGAGAACAACACGUCCUGGUGCAUUCACUGUGUUCCCACGGCAACCAGCUGCAGGUUCGAGCUCCUCCACGACAGCGUGCAGACGGCCAUCUUCGUGGUGGACGUGCCCACGAGGAUCGGCACCAUGCUGGACUUCCUCCACGAGCGGCUCUCCUUCUACAACGCCCAGAACGGGCAGCUGCUGGGCUCGCACUGCCACAAGUUCACCGAGGCCUGCCACGCCGUGCUGGCGCUGGAGAAGCCUGGCACCCUGGCGCUGCACAUGGUGAUGGAGGUGCCAGAGUUCGCCAAACACUAACUCGCGCCGGUUUCGCUCUUUAUCUCGAUGUUCCUAACCCAGAUGCAUACAGCACUGUGGCACGGAUUUGGAGGAGAACGUUUGCAGAGGAACUCUGAGGCCAGUUCCUUUACCCCCAGUCUGGAGAAACAGGGAAUCAUAGCGUUUGCUGAAACGUAACUGCAGACGGGGUGCAUGACAUGUUUUUUUUUGUUUGUUUGUUUGUUUAUGUAAGUCCCAGAAUGCAAUUCUUUGGGUGCGAUUGCAAUUAGUAGUGUUUCUGAGCUUGUCUCAUUAGAGUUUUGCAGUACUGUAAGUGCAGCAUUCAUUUUCA